UAUGGAAGUGAAAUGCAUUGUUACAAAAGUAAAUCUCAAGUAUGAAGAAAAAAUUGUAAGUUUGCAGCACUUAUUGUAUAUAAGAGAAAACUUAAUGUAGUCUUAAGUGAUGGAAAGACUAAAAGGAUUGCCGGCUAUGCAAAAUUUGACAUGUCUGUUGCUCUAAAUCUAAAUAUGAGAUAAAAGGAAUACUCUAUAAAUCUAAUUUAAUGUCCUGACACAAAAGCUUUUGUUGAAUUUACUUUGUUGAUCAACUCAUUAGAUUUUUUGUAAAACAAUAAUGAUAUAGAUGUACUCAAUCCACUAUUACAAAAAGUCUAUAACCUCAAAAGCCUUGAGCCAAAACGAAAGCGAAGAAAUAAGAAAACUUAAGCUUGAAAAUGU